GUGAGCGCGUGCUUUCCAACAUCAACGUGUAUAGGGUUUAUUUAAAAAUCCUUAUUAUGAGUUAUGACCAUAAACUCCGGGUUCCCCCGUUCCUUAUUUCGGCGCUUUCCGUUUCGGUGCGACUGUGGAUUUCAAAAGCAGGAUUUCCCUUCUCUAUUCUCGGCCCCUUCCACUAGUUGAAGAUUCUAGGCUGAGAUUGAGUUGUUAGAGAUUCGAGCCUGCCAUGGAUGAGGGUUUGGUUGAUGACAUUAUAAGGAGGCUGCUUGAUGCGAAGACAGUGAGGGCGCCGAAGCAGGGGCAGUUGACGGAGUCAGAGAUUAAGGAGCUUUGUUUGGCGUCCAAAAAGAUAUUUCUCAGCCAGCCUAAUCUUCUUGAGCUCGAAGCACCUAUCAAGAUUUGUGGUGAUAUUCAUGGUCAGUACUCUGAUCUUCAGCGGUUGUUUGAGUAUGGUGGGUAUCCACCUGAGGCCAAUUAUCUAUUCUUAGGAGACUAUGUUGACCGCGGUAAGCAGAGUGUAGAAACAAUUAGUCUUCUUCUUGCGUACAAGAUUAAAUACAAGGAGAACUUUUUUCUCCUAAGAGGCAACCAUGAAUGUGCUUCUAUCAAUAGGAUAUAUGGUUUCUUUGAUGAGUGCAAGAGGAGGUAUAAUGUUCGUGUUUGGAAGAUGUUUACAGAGUGCUUUAACUGCUUGCCUGUUGCUGCCCUUAUUGAUGAGAAGAUACUAUGCAUGCAUGGAGGACUAUCUCCUGAACUGAAACACUUGGAUCAAAUUAGAAAGAUUCCCCGCCCUGUAGAUGUACCUGACCAAGGUCUCUUAUGUGACUUGUUGUGGGCUGAUCCUGACAGAGAUAUUGAAGGAUGGGGAGAGAACGAUCGGGGUGUAUCAUAUACAUUUGGAGCAGAUAAGAUCACUGAAUUUCUAGAGGAGCAUGACCUUGAUCUCAUAUGCCGAGCUCACCAGGUUGUGGAAGACGGAUACGAGUUCUUUUCAAACCGACAGCUGGUCACCAUAUUUUCUGCACCAAAUUACUGUGGUGAGUUUGACAAUGCUGGUGCAAUGAUGAGUGUAGAUGACACAUUAACAUGCUCAUUCCAAAUCUUGAAGGCCUCUGAGAAGAAAGGAAAAUCUGGAUUUGGAAACGCACAGAGACCAGCUACACCGCCUCAUAAGGGUCCCAAGGGAUAGAUACAUUUUGUUCAUGUAGACACAACAUGCCCUACAUCUACAAAGUGAUGCUCCCAAUAGUUUUGAAUUUCAAUCUAAGGAUUGGAAAAAAGCUCAACUGGCCAGGUUCCUUAUUUUGUUCUCACAAAAGGGCUUUGUGGUCAAUGCCGUUCACCUAUGUAACACUGUCUUAUUUCUAAAAUGUAAAACGCAACAAACUUCAAUAUUUCCAAAUGGGUUGUUUCUUACUUUCUUUUUCCUCCUGUGUGUUGUAGUGUUUCCAUUUUCUUGUGAAACAAUUAGACAAAACCUGAAGACUAUUGCAAUUUGCAAAUCAUCUUUAAUUAACUGCACAUAUUGAAUUGCUGUCAGUGUUAUAGAUUUU